AUGUCAGGAGAUUGGGCAAAUAAAUUUGGAUAUUAUGAAAUGUGUUUGAGAGAAGAGUAUCAUUAUUCAUCAGUUAUGAUUAAAUCAGAUCCUAUGACAUUCUUUUAUGGAUUUUGCCAUACAAAUAUCUGUGAGGCAAAUGAUUUUAAUUAACCAGAUGCAUAAGAAAUUAUAAAGGAUAAAUUAGGAAACAGUAUAAUCUCAAAAAUAUUACCUGUAAUCAAUUUAAAUUUAUUAUCUAGAUUAAUUUUGGUUCUGCUAGUUAUAUCUUUGUUGAUCCAGUAACACAUUAUCCAGAUUUUAGAAUUGGUGCUUAUUCAACUAUUAUUAUCAUUUUUAUUCUUUUUUGUUUAGGAUUAAUGGAUCCUUAUAAAAGAUUACUAGAUUCAUUAACUAAUUCUUAAACAAAAAAACCAAAAGGAAUUAUUGCUGAUUUUUCUUUAAUUGAAAAUUAUAAUAAAUUGAUUGAUCUUAAAACAAUUGAUCCAAAUUUGGCUAUUUUUAAUGGAGUUAGAUCUAUUGCAUUUAUGAUGGUUGUUUAUGGACAUUCAGCAUUAUUAAUAAUUUAAUCUACAUAUUAAAUGGAAUUAUUAUAAGCUUUAUAAUCUUAAAGAGCCAUAAUUACAGUGGACAUGUUAUAUUCAGUAGAUGUAUUUUUUUGGCUUGGUGGAUUUUUUAUGGCAUUUGUUAUGUGUGAAACAAAAAGAGCUAAGGCAUUGGCAAAGAAUCCAAUAUCAAUAUUCUUAGUUAUAUUGCAUAGAUUAUUAAGAAUAUGGCCUUGCUAUAUUUUAUGUAUUAUGUUUAAUUCAUACUUGUUACCUUACUUAGGAGAAGGACCAAGAUGGUGGUCAGCAAUGAAUUAUACAACUUGUAGUGAAGGAGCUUGGAGAAAUCUUCUCUUUAUUGAUAAUUUUUUUCAUGAUUGGUAACUUUGUUUUGGGUGGGGUUGGUAUUGAAAAUUAAAAAAAGUUAGGUAUUAAAAAUUAUAAAAAAUGAUUAGUUUUCUAUAUCUGACUUCAGAUAUUUAAUUAUUUAUUAUUUGUUUAAUACCAAUGACGCUUUAUGCUCUCGGUUAUAAAAGAGUAACAAAAUAUUUGAUUAUUUGUAUGAUAAUCUCUUCUGUAAUUUAUGGAAUUGUUUUAUGCUUCAUAUAUGAUUUUUUAAUCCCUGCAAAAGUAACAGGAAAUAAAGAUUUCUAUUAUACAUAUUAUGUAAAUAGUUUAGCUAGAUCUCCUCCUUAUUUCUUUGGAUUAUUUAUGGGUAUGCUUUAUAGAGAAUUUAAAUAAAAAGAAUAAAACAGUUUUUUGGGAUUAUUGCAUGAAAAAGCAAAAGAUCCAAAGUUUAAAUUGCUAUUUUAAAUUAUAUGUUAUCUAUUAGGAUUUGGAAUAAUUUCUUGGUUAAUUUUUGGAUGGAAGUAAGCCUAUAUAGCAUCAGAUCCUACUUAUUGGCCAUACUGGUUUCAACAUCUAUAUUGUGCACUUUGUAGACUAACUUUUGUUUUUGGAGUUGCAUGUUUAUGUUUACCCAAUAUGAUAGGAAUUUAUGAUAUGUAAUUAUUAAUUUAUAUCUUUAGAUUUAACAGAAAAGCUAUGAAUAAUUCUUUUUUUAAGUUUGCUGCAAAAAUAUCUUUUGCUUGUUAUUUAAUUCAUUAUAUGGUAUUAUUAAUAUUGAAUUACACAUUUUAUAUCACUCCCACUUACCUUACAUUAGAUGUUAUUUAAUUAUUUGUUGGUUGUAUUGUUAUAACAAUGAUUGCAGGAGUAUUUCUAACAUUGCUUGUUGAAAUGCCAUUUGGAACUCUACAAGUUAAAAUUAUAGAUUCAAUUACAAAACCAAAAAAGAAAUAAUAAACUUUAUUGGAGCAAUGA